UGUGACGAGGACGCACACAUUAGCAUCCAUGCAGCCAUGCCUGCGCGGCCACAUGGCAAGAAGAAGCCGGAGAAGAUUUCGACAAAAUUGUCGAAAAAGAAGGAUUCCGUUGCCGAUGAGGACACGGGCGCUGACAAGAAGAAAUCACUGCCUGCACGCUUGCCUCCAGUUGGGCGCAUGCAGUUGCUCGUUGCGAGCGCUGUCACUGCUGGUGCGGCCGGGGCGUUCAUGCUCUGGAGUUGGGCUUCAAGGACGGAGCAAAGGCAACCAGUGCAGAUCGCCAGGCACGAAGUGCUCGUCGCGCCCAUCUUGCCUGCCAGCCUGCCGGGCUGUACGCUGGAACGUGGCUAUGCAAACCGUGAUAUUGUCGGGCCUGAGCACUUUGGAGUCAGCUCGCCGGCUGAAUGCAUGAGGGACUGCCAGCAGCAGCGUUUUUGCAAUUGCUGGAGCUGGAAAGACGAUGGAUUUUGCCGGACUGGCAGAUCUCCGCAUUGCACUUACGUCGCCAGCGAGGACGAUGACCGCUGGAUGUAUGGGUCCUGCUCUCCACCCACUUUGCCUCCGGCCUUGCUUGGCCAGCCAGCUCCAAGCGUGGCUCCAGGAGCGCCAAGCGUGCCGCCAAGCGUGCCGCCAAGCAUGCCGCCAAGCGUGCCGAGCGGGGAAUCACCCGCACCAAGCGCGCCAAAGCUGCCGCUGGUGGAGGUACCAAAGGCGAGUGUGGCAGGCCUCGUCGAUCUGUUAGUCACGACAGCGCUGCCUGCCACAGCAGCGAAAGAGCCAGCUGGCGCAGCUGCAAAAGAGCCAGCUGCGGGCGAGCAGAGAGGUGCCGAGCGCGUACUGAAUUCAACGCCUUCCCCAGAAGCGAUCCCAGUGCUGAUGAUCACCCACAAGCGGGCGGCAUACCUGCAGCGCGCCCUUGCGUCCUUGUUCAGAUACCGCCCCAGCCAGGAGCAGUAUCCCAUCAUCGCCUCACAGGAUGGCGACGAUGCCAGCGUCAGGUCCCUGCUGCAGAAGUAUUUGACCAGCGGCGAGCUGGCUCGGCACCUGCGGUUUUCACCCAAGAAGUUUUUGCCCAGCGGCUACGAGCGGUUGUGCAGCCACUACGCUUGGGCCUUCUCACAGCUCUUCGAUGUGCUGGGAUUCGAGCAGGCGAUUGUGCUGGAGGAAGACUUGGAGAUCUCCCCGGACUUCUUCUCUUACUUCCAGGCCACCUGGCCGUUGCUCCGCGCUGAUCCAGAGCUCUUCUGCAUCUCCGCUUGGAACGACAAUGGCAAGGCAGAGAUUGCCAGCAACGCCACAGCUGUCUACCGCAGUGACUUCUUCCCGGGCCUCGGAUGGAUGUUGCUGCGCAGCUUCUGGAUGGAGGUGAAGGGCCUUUGGCCCACACAGUACUGGGACGAUUUCCUGCGCCGACCGGAGAUCCGCCGGAAGCGGCAGUGCCUCCGGCCCGAGCUGAGCCGGACACACACCUUUGGAGAGCAGGGCGUGUCCAAGGGCCAGUUCUACAAGACGCACCUGGCCGGCAACCUGCUGAACAGCAAGCAGCUGGACUGGAGCGCUGUGAGCCUGGCGCACGUGGCCACCCGGGCCAACUUCGAGGCCUACCUCACGCAGCAGGUCAAAUCUGCCAAGCUGUUGCCCCUGGAAGAUUCCGGCAAGCUGCUGGACGCUGCAGUCGCCUUCCGCUAUGAUGAUAAGCAGUGGAAGAGCGUGGCACAACGCUUUGGGCUCAUGGAAGACGAGAAGGCCGGGGUGCGGCGGGGCAGCUUUCGGGGUGUGGUGCCCUUCUCCUGGCAUCGGCGGCCGGCCUUCUUGGUGGAGAGCUGGCCGCUGGUCCGUUCAGAGCCGUGAACGGACACGGUUUCCACGGGACAUGGGAUGUCCCGAGGCGGUGCUCACUUGAAGCAAAAGCCGCGUCGUGGUGUGGAGGGGCAUGUUGUUGUUGGUAGUUGCU